GUGGUGGUGGUGGUGGUGCUAGCGAUGCUGGCCGUACCUGGUGGUGAUGCCUUCCCCGACGGUGCACCGGCCGAUACCUGCGUCAAGAGUCGUACCAACGAACCGAACCACGGUGCAGCUCGUACCCAAAGCCUAGCCGCGCUACCGUACCAGGUGGUGGCGAGUGGUAACGUGUAUGGUCCCGGUACCCAGAUACAGGUUACCAUUCACGGCCAGCGGGACGUGUUCCGCGGGUUCUUCCUGCAGGCGCGCGAUGCUCAGACCAACGAGUGGAUCGGAACGUGGUACGAUACGCCCAACACGAAAUCGAUCCCCGAGUGCUCGUCGGUGACGCAUGCCGACAACCGGGAUAAGGAGCAAGCUACGUUUGUCUGGCAGGCACCGAAAGAUCGUCAGGGCCAGGUUUACUUUACCGGCACGAUCGUGAAAAACUAUGGUACCUUCUGGUCGGGUGUUAUUGCCAGUGUUCCAACCGCAGCCGGGAGAAGCUUUUGA